AAUUUGUGCCUAAAAUAGCUAGCGUAAAACAAGCUUCUGGGGUGCGCGAACGAUGGUGGCGGGGAAGCACCACCACGUACCUGAGCAGCUCGGAAAGGGAAAACACAGUCACUCUCAACCCUCAGUCCAAUUCAUCAACCUCAGGACGAGUGUUCACCUGGACAUCGAAACUCGACCUCUCCCUCUCGGUCUCGCAGUCGCCAUAAAGCGCUGGGUUCAGACAUGUCAGCCAACUUGCAUCGGCAGCCCUAACCAGCAACGUCACCACUCAUCCACCUGCAAACCCCAACACUCACUCAUCCACGUUGCCGAUCCGGAACUGGAAUUCCGCAUCCAUGCCGAGCACAGCCGCCUCCCGAUCCUCCUCAACCUCCUCGCCUUCACCCUCAACCCGCUCUUCGAAUUAUUUCACAUUUCCAGUAUCGUAUGCUGUCUCCGGUCUUCUCCGCCGCAUCUCCAGCGAGCCGGUCAACAAAGAGAAGCGACCUGCGUCGGGCCAAACGAGUCUCAACCAGAGUGUGCAGAGUGUGGACAGUAUGGACGGGGUGUAUAACCCACCGCAGCGGAAAUUGAGCCCGUUUCAACCACCGCCUUUGAGUCCGCUGUCAUUGAAGGGCUGGGGCGCGAGUACACAGGCGUCGGCGAGGUUAUUAACCAAGGCCCUGGCGGAGGAGAUACGGUUACUCAUGCCGCCGCGUUUGCAGCUGGUGGAUGAGUGGCAGUUGGCUUAUAGUCUUGAGCAGAACGGGGUCAGCCUGGCGACGCUGUAUGAGAAGGCGGAUGAGUAUCGUGGGAAGCGGGGAGGGUUUGUAUUGGUGGUGCGGGAUGGAUCCGGGGGUGUGUUUGGAGCAUACCUCAGUGACCCUCCCCAUCCCUCACCCCAUUUCUACGGCAACGGCGAAUGCUUUCUCUGGCGCGCCUCCGUCCUACUCCAACUCCCAGACGCGCUGUCCUUACCCCUUCCACCGAGCGCCGAUACCACAAAUGCGCCUCGCAUGACCACAAUAUCGGCUUCACAGCCGUCGCAUACAUUAAGCCCGCCUGCAUCGGGACAAGGCAGCCACAGUGGCACGAAUACCCCCGAGCGAAUAAGAUUCAAGGCGUUCCCCUACAGCGGCAUCAAUGAUUAUAUGAUUUUCUGUGAGCAGAGCUAUCUCAGCAUUGGCGGGGGGGAUGGCCAUUACGGCCUCUGGCUCGACGAUAAUCUCGAGAACGGCGUUUCAAGCGCUUGUCCCACCUUCGGGAAUGAGCCACUCAGCGAUGAGGGCACCAAGUUCGAGGUACUGGGCGUUGAAUUGUGGUAUGUCGGUGCAUGACGUGCCACUGCACUAAAAAGUGGCAUGGAAUUGGGAUUUGGCGUUGGGUGUUUCGGAUGGAAUGGAAAUCUCACCUCUAUUGGAGUUAACGGACUCUAAGGAACGGCAAAGCGUUUCCGGCAAAUUCUGGUACAUGGGCUCGUUCAGAUGAUAUCCUCGCCUAGUUUAACCCAUUGUAUUCGUCUCCUAUUCCAAAAAAAUCCUCGGAAUCCGAGUGGCCA